UCUAAGCAGUAAUGGCCGCUCUGGUUCUUUAUGGCUGAGUGUUGGUGGAGCGUUCUUAAAUCCAUCCACAUCGCCCUAAAUAUCGGCCUGUUCUCCUCUUAGAGCUGCUCCAAAAUAAACUCGCAUCAAUUCUAAACACGAAUAUCUCAGUAUUGAGGAAAAAGAUGAAAUAUUAAAGCAGAUAUGAGAGAGAAAUAUUAAAAGCGAAACAUGUAAACAGAACCAACCGGCGUCAAGUUGUUUUUGGCUCUCAGUUUGACAGACAUUUCGUCCGUUAUGGACUUUUAUUAGUUGCUAUAUGUUUCAGAGAGAGAUUUAAAGCUCCGUGAUCGGACAAGAAGUGAAAAAGGAGACUUUAUUCCUGCAUAUUUUUGGUGUUUCUUUUUUGAGAGACCGUUAGCUUAGCAUAGGCGAGAGAACGCAGUGUCCUCGCGCUGUUUUCAAGGUUCAUAUUGGGAAGCUGCAGGAAGCACAAAAUUCAACCAAAACACGGAUUAAAUGUUCAUUACAGACGGAUAUUAAUCAUUAAUAUUGUUACUGCCACGUCAGAAGAGUGUGGACCUGCAUGCUGGACUUGGACGGGGAUGAAUUCAGGAUAAAACUGUGAUCUACACUGGACAGUACGGCAUGCCUGGGUCGGACCGACAUCAUGGCACCAAGCGGAAGUCCGAAUCUCUUCAUAAACAGCAAUCGGCGGGCACCAAACACGUGGACAUGGAGCCCAGGCUUCACCAGACCCCGUCUACAGCCUCCUCAUCUUCCUCCUCCUCAUCAUCGUCAUCCAAACACGACAAACGCCGUAAACACGUCGGCCGAGAGUCGCCGAUGGAGCCGCCCGUCAUCUCCAUCAAGCCUCUGGUAGAGUACGACGAUAUCAGUUCCGAUUCGGACGGGUUUCUGGACCCCCCGGGACCGCCGGAGAAGCCGCGGGAGGUGGAGGAGGAGCAGCCGCACGUUAAAGAAAUCCGGACUCACAAACACAGACGCUCGAGAAAAAAGUCCAAAGACCCGCAGCGGGUCCGAGAGUCGGCCGAGAACGCCGAGCGCGAGAGGAAGAGAGACGCGAAAGAUGCGAAACGCAAAAGCAAAGAUAAACCCGCCGCCGCCGUGGGGAACUCCCGGUCCGAACCCGACGCCACCUCCAGGCGGGCCGAAUCCUACUCGUCCUCCCUCGCCGCCAGUCAGAUCACCGAGUCUUCGCUGAGCAAGGACUCCCAAGACUCGCACCGCAAAUCUCACCGGUCACAAGGUCCGAACCGAACCAAAAGCGAGCGCAACCGCGAGCGCUCGGAGCGCAGCCGCCACAAAGCCUCCAAGAACCGCAAGAGCGGCUCGUCCAGGACGGCCUCGUCCUCUCAGGCGGAUCUGGAUGACGGGUACUCCAGUCGGCGCCGGGCGAGCACCCCGAGCCCGUACAGGGAGAGCUCACGCCGGAGCCGGCAGAGGUCAGAGAGUCCGUACGCCCGCCGAAGAUCCUCCAGCUACGAGAGGGACGGCAGUCCGUACGGAAACCGCCGCUCGCCCAGUACCAGUCCGGUGUCACGGCGUCCUGUCCGCUCUCGUAGCCGCUCUCCUCUGUACUCGUCCUCUCGCCGGGCGUCCUCGCGCUCGCGCAGUAAGAAACGCUCUGCGAUUGGUGGAUCCGGUGGAAGCUCCGCCUCCAGGAGCCGACCGGCCAGCCGCUCGCCUUCUACCUCCCGCCUGCCCAUCACGUCCAGCCUGGGGGCGGAGCUUACGCGCAGGAAGAAAGAGCGACAGGCGGCGGCGGCGGCUCUGGCGGCCAUGACUCCGCCCGCUCAGCCGCAGGAGCAGAAGCCGGAGACGUCCGAGUCGGCCCCGCCCCCUGCGCCUGAGCCGCCGGCUCCGCCUAAUUCUGCCCCGAAUCUUCCUUUAGCGGAGGAGGCUGACGUAGCUCCGCCUCUCCCACCUUUACCUGCGCGUUCUCCUCCCCCACUUCCUCUGAACUCCCCGCCCCCGCUACCUUUCAACUCUCCGCCCCCCCUUCCGCUGAGUUCCCCACCCCCGCUUCCGCUAAACCUUCCUCCUCGCCUGCCUUUAACCUCCCCUCCUCCCCCUCCUGCCACGCCCAGUUCCUCUGCACCGCCGCCUCAGCCUAGGAGUCCCGCCCCCAAAAACACGCCGCUCAAAACCUCCACGCUCCCGCUCCUCCCGUUACCGCCGAUGCUGCUGGGAGAGUUCAGGGACAGUCCGAGGAAGUCCACGCACUCCGGUCGCUCCUCCAGGAAAGAGCGAGAGAGGGAGAAAGAAAAGGAGAAGGAGGUCAGGACGCGCCUCCUCAGCGACCUGCCCUUACCCCCACUACUGUCUGGAGGUGAUCCGUCUCCUCCUGCCUCACCUGUACGAGAAGCCCCGCCCCCUGUACAGCUCACUUACAAGAAGAGACCAAAGUUCUGCUGUCCUCGUUUCGGUGAGAGCAGACAGACUCACACGGACUGGGGGAAGCGCUGCGUGGAUAAAUUCGAGAUCAUCGGCAUCAUCGGAGAGGGAACCUACGGUCAGGUGUACAAAGCAAAGGACAGAGAUACAGGGGAGCUGGUGGCCCUGAAGAAGGUUCGUUUGGAUAACGAGAAGGAGGGCUUCCCCAUCACGGCCAUCCGAGAGAUUAAAAUCCUGAGACAGCUGAACCAUCCCAGCGUGGUCAACAUGAAGGAGAUCGUCACCGAUAAACAGGACGCCCUCGACUUCAAAAAGGAUAAAGGAGCGUUUUAUUUGGUGUUCGAGUACAUGGACCAUGACCUGAUGGGGCUGCUGGAGUCGGGAUUCGUCUCGUUCUCCCAUGAGCACGUAAGCAGCUUCAUGCGGCAGCUGAUGGAGGGUCUGGAUUACUGCCACAAGAAGAACUUCCUACACCGGGACAUCAAGUGUUCCAACAUACUGCUCAAUAACAGUGGGCAGAUUAAGCUGGCGGAUUUCGGCUUGGCUCGUCUCUAUAACUCGGAGGAAAGUCGCCCGUACACCAAUAAGGUGAUCACGCUGUGGUAUCGUCCACCUGAGCUGCUGCUGGGGGAGGAGAGGUACACGCCCGCCAUCGACGUGUGGAGCUGCGGGUGCAUUCUGGGAGAGCUGUUCACUAAGAAGCCUAUUUUCCAGGCCAACCAGGAGCUGCUGCAGCUCGAGCUCAUUAGUCGGUUGUGUGGGAGUCCGUGCCCGGCCGCUUGGCCCGACGUGAUCAAGCUUCCCUACUUCAACACCAUGAAGCCCAAGAAGCAGUACAGACGCCGCCUCCGCGAGGAGUUCGCAUUUUUACCCUCCUCAGCGCUGGAUCUGCUGGACCGUAUGUUGACCCUCGACCCCUCUCGGAGGUGCACAGCGGAGCAGGCUCUGGCCAGCGGGUUCCUCUGUGACGUGAACCCCAAUAAAAUGCCUCCACCAGAUUUACCUCACUACCAGGACUGUCAUGAGCUGUGGAGUAAGAAGCGGAGGCGGCAGCGCCAGAGCGGCCUGUUGGAGGACGCGCCCGUUCAGAAAGCUCCACAGAAGGACCCCGCGGGGGGAACGGCGAAGCGCGAGAACAGCCAAGCGCCGCCGGUCUCGCCCCCUCCGCCUCCCCCCUCCGUUCAGAGCGAGCUGGCAGCGGCAGGACUGGGCUCCGUAGCCGAUCAGCUGAAUCAGACGGAGAUGGCCGUCCUGCUGAACCUGCUGCAGGGCCAGACCGAGCGUCGGACUCUGCCUCAGUCGAGCGAGCCUCACCUCGCCUCCUCGUCCUCGCUCCCGCCCGCCGACCGGGACUCCGCCCAGCAGCUGGAGCUGCUCAGCCAGACUCUCUCCACCUUCAUCCAGGCCUCCAAUAACGCCGCGGCUCCUCCCGAGGCCCCGCCCGCCGAGGCCCCGCCCGCGGACGACACCACCGGCCUCCUCGCGCUCUUGCUGAGUCAGCUGAUCAAAGCUCCGCCCCAGGGCGAGGGUCAGGGCGACGAGAGCAACGGCGUUCGGUCGGACGGGGUGGCGGCGGCGCGCCCCGGCUCCGCCAACAUUUCCGGAAGCCAGUGCAAGGGCAAGUCUGAGUUUACUCUCUAGGGGGCGUGGCGUAAAGCUUACGGAGAGCUGUGAUCGGCCGAAGCGGUGAGCGGUCGGCUGUAGUGUUAAGUUUGGUUUAUAAAGCCGAUUGUAUAUUUUUUUUGUAUUUUUUUUUCGUACGUUAGAAGCGAUCGAUCAGAAACGCUGCAGAGAUUUAAAAGAAAAUAAAUUUUCAUGGUGGUUUGAAAUCCUAUUUUUUUCUUUCCUUAUUGGAGUCGUUUGAUGCAGAAUUCAGUGUUCAGGAGUUUUUGUUUAUUUUUUAUGGGAUCAAAUCAAGCACGUGUCGUCCCUCCUCAUCAGAUCCUCCCACCGUCACCCGACGCGAAGAUCAGCCUCCAUCACGUCCAUCCUUCCAUCUCCACAUCAUCCGUCAUAGUAUCGACCUCCAGCACGCUUCACACACGCACGCCUACGUUAGAUAUCCAUCCACGUUCUUAUCACCUGCAGUAACUGUAUUCAUGACUGUAAUACCCUUCACCACCACUAGUCUGCGCUCACACACGCUCAUCACUCACUUCACACAGAUUGUAGCUUCACGGCCUGAACGUCGACUUGAUCCGAGGUUCGUUCCAGCGACGUUUCCGGGCACUCGGACACGACCUGCGUCACGUGGACCCGGCUGGAGCUGGACGGGAUUCUGUCGGCGUGCAGUAUGUACAGGGAUGUUAGGAUUUCUGUGAGAAUCGCCUUUGGUCCUCAGGAUUUGUUCCAGGAGCUGCUCGGGACUCGUAAACCCGCUUCGUUCUGUCCGAGUGCUCGUUAGAGAACCUGCUCAAGGUUACAGGAUCAAAAUAAUCAAAUGAAAUAAAUUCCUAAAUAAAGUCGUUUGUUCAGGAUUCACUUUUAUCGUAUCAGAGGUCACGAUAUCGUCCAGGCACAAAUUCCCAGUUUAAAUCGUACUGAUACCCAGUUUACGAGGGCGUAAAUCCUUCCCAGCUGGCCCAGGACUGUUGUGGACUAGCGCUGCCGUCUGUCCGAGAGCUGUAACGCGUACAUAGGAACACACUACACCCUCUGUACUCCUCCACCACUCCUACUGAUACCUCCACCAGCCAGCAGGAGGCGCUGCUGCAGCAGUACGGAGGUGAAAACGUUGACUCAAACCCUGGUCUCUGCAGUCGUAGCCUAGCAUAUUAGAACACCACUGCACUCUCUGUCUCCCCGUUCGUGCUGAUGGGAUGUGGAGUGUGUGUACUGGACGCUGUACCAGGAUCAGAUAUGAGCUGUAGGUGCUGGAGUAUCAGCGGGGUAUCGGUCAGUGUUUUAGGAAGGGGUCGGCGUGUCCCGUGCUCCCCCCCACCCCCAUGUUCCCCUCUUUCUGUUUUUGUUUAUAUUAACAUUUAUAAAUCUGAGGGGAAGUGGGCGUGUCGGAGUGUGAUCUGUCGCCCUCUGCUGGUCCAGUGCUGAAUAAAUUAUGAUAAACUUGA